UCAGAGGAGUCCUAUGUUGUGGUCAACAUAGUUCAUCUGGAUCGAUUGGCAAUGACGGUCAGAUAGUGAUAAUGGUCAGAUUUUAUUCCAAGACACAUUCUUACCCUGAACCGACAGCAACACCCCUUUUGGCAUUCUUCCUCCGUUAUCCCAACCCAUUCGCCCGACAUGUACUCUCAGUAGACGUCCUCUCCCGUCGGAUAGAUCCUCAAACAGGUCAAUUACAUACCACUCGACUUAUUCUCAAACGGGGUAUAUUACCUAAAUGGGCGAAUCAGUGGUUACCUGUCGCUGGCGCUAGUGGAGGAAGGGGUUUAGAUGCUUGGGUUUUGGAAGAGAGUGUUGUGGAUCCUCCAGACUGGGGAGAUCCCUCGAGCGUGGCUUCAACUUCAAUUCACUCUCCUUUUACAACAUCUGUCUCACAAUUGUCAUCUUCAAUAUCAUCUUCACCAUCACUGUCUCAAUCAUCAUCGUCAUCAACACCAACACCAACAACAGAAACAUUAUCUCAAUCAACAACACCAUCAUCAACUUACCAAUAUGUAUCAUCUUACGAAGACCAGAGGACGGGGUCGGUACUAGAGACGGCAGAAGAGGAAGAACACUCAAGAAGACAACCUAGACUACGUGUGGUCCAGGGGAAUUUGAAUCAUCGGAAGUUCAUGCACGUCAUAGAAGGUGGGGAGAUAGUUGCUGGUCCAAAUGGAAGCACUCUUCAUCAUACCACCGCUGAGAUCCGGUCCAACUUUGGAGGAGCUUGGUCUAAUUUAGUCAGACAGAGAAUAGAGUCGUAUGGAAUUGGGAAGUUUGAAGUAAACACCGAGACGGCGAGAAAAGGCAUGGCGUUGAUAUUGGAUUUGUUACGAAGACGAGAGCCACUGCCGGGGAGAGAAGAAGUGGAUGAUGAAGAGGGAAAGUGA